CUGAGUCCAGCCUUGAAAACAGCCCUCUGGGCGGGGGUGGAAGUCAGCAGAAAUCAGCUGCUCUGGCGCUGGGGCAGGAUCAUGGACGGCCGGGGACCAGGGCUGGAGCCCGAGCUCAAGCCCGGAGACCUCAUUGAGAUUUUUCGCAGAGGCUACCGGCACUGGGCCAUCUAUGUGGGCUACGGCUAUGUCAUCCACCUGGCCCCCCCAGGGGAGGCAGUGGAUGCAGGAUUCUCCAGCCUGUUCUCAGUGCUGACGGACAAGGCGGUGGUGCGCCGGGACCCACUCUGGACUGUGACGGGAGGAGACCGGUACCGGGUGAACAACCUGCACGACAAGCGCCUGCAACCGCGGCCCCGCGAGGUCAUCGUGUGUGAGGCCGAGGCCCAGGUGGGCCAGGAGCUGCCCUACAGCAUCACCACGGAGAACUGCGAGCAUUUCGUCACCCAGUUGCGCUACGGAGUCGCCCGCAGCGAGCAGGUCCGGGAUACUGUGACUGCUGGGGUGGCUGGUGUUGCCCUCUUGGGUGUCUUGGGGGCUGGGCUCCUUGUGGGGAAGAUGCUGUUGCGGAGCAGGAAAGAAGAGGAGUAGCUCUCCCCCACUCGGCUCCACAGACCCACUGUGCCUAUCCCUCGCUCUGGGAACCUUGGGAGCAACUUCCUGCCGCCCCACCUCCCCCAGCCUUGGGACCCCUCACCCCUGCCAGCCGGGGCAAAUGAACGCGGGACAUCCAUGUCUGCCUUUCCCACUGAUGUGGUGCUUCAGAGCUCUAUCUUGUUGCUGCUUCCUUUGUGGUGCCAGCACCACCCCCUACCCUUGGGGGACUUGAUUAUUCCCCUGCCCCCCUAUCUGUCACAAGAUAUCUUUUUACCAAAUUAUAGAUGAAAAACAAGUCAUAUACUAAAAAUCAAACAUAUUUUAACGGUAACAUAUUUUAAUGUUAUUAAAAAAAAAUGUUUUUGUCCUGAUUUAUGGCUUUUUGAGUCGUGGAUGUAGAGAUGAUUGCAUAAUAGCUCCAAAUAAAGUCUAACACUUA